AAAAAAACGAGAAAAAAAAAUCUAGAGAGAAAAGCAUCUAGAAAUUUUGCUAAAAUUUUUGUACUUUGUAACUUCUCUUCUCUUCUGCGUCAGAUAAGGAAAAGGGAAUUGAUGACUGAUCGUUCGAUUACUUUCCAUCCUCAGUGUUUCCAGCCGGAAUACUACAGCCGCCCUUUUAUCACAGAUACUUUCCACGGAGUCUGAAUUACGGCGGGAUCGGCGUUGUGAUCGGCCACGAGAUCACCCACGGCUUCGACGAUAAAGGUCGAUUGUUCGAUAAGGAUGGCAAUCUACAUAGAUGGUGGAAAGACGAAGCUAUUGACGGCUUUCACGAACGUGCUCAGUGCCUUAUCGACCAGUACAGUCGUUACAUCGUGAGCGAGGUUGCAAUGCAGAUCGACGGAAUGAAUACGCAGGGCGAGAAUAUCGCGGACAAUGGCGGCAUUAAACAAGCUUUCCGAGCUUACGAAAGAUGGUUACGAACGAACGGAGACGCCGACGAGACUCUGCCGGGCUUGAACGCCAGCGGGAAGCAAUUGUUCUUUCUGAAUUUCGCGCAGGUGUGGUGCGGCUCGAUGAGGCCGGAAGCUACCAGGAACAAGCUGAAAACCGCCGUCCAUUCGCCUGGCAAGUUCCGCGUGAUCGGCACGUUGUCGAAUUCGCAAGACUUCGCAGAAGUAUUUCAUUGCCCGUUAGGCGCGCCUAUGAACCCAGUUAACAAAUGCUCCGUUUGGUGAUCAAUAGUGUGCUUCUUGUUCUCUUCACAACGAAAUUCAUCGCCGCCGUGUCGAUCGUGUCGAUUCGAUCGAGCGUUAAUUAAUCGAAGCAACCGUGACUGAAGGAAGGAAGGAAGGAAGGAA